AUGCAGGAAUCGAAUCAAUCUAGCGAUGGCUCUCCACAAUUUUAUUACAAUUGGUCUAGCUGGCCCUGUCCUCCUGCCUUGCCCCCUCUCCUGUUUCCAUUUGCCCUGCUUGCACACUCCAUUGCUUGGCUUGCAUUCCUGCAUCCUGCCCCCCCCUCGCUACCCCCACCCUCAUCAUAUCUCCCUCUAACCCAUAGUAACUUUCCCAUUUCGUCUAGCCAGGAUACUCCUCCUGCUUCUUUGACACCUGCUUCCAACAACCGUGUUUGUGAUGCCAAAGAAAGGCUGGCUAGCACAGAACAGGUCCUAUAUUUCAUCAGGUUCUCCAUCACAGAAGUCAAUUAG